AUGCUCUACUCUUUUUCCUCAGGUGACGAUGAGGCGAUGAAAGGUGACUUUAUGAAGUUAAGAGAACAACUGAAAAGUAGAUAUCGCAAGAAAUUUGGUCAGAUCAAAACAUCGCCUGUGAACCCUGAGUCACGAACAUGGCUUCAGCACAUCUAUGUCAGUCUCGUUCUGAUGUUGGGAUUGGAAGGGGAAAGGGAGAAGCCAAUAGAUUACGACGGGUUGUUUAAAUUCAUCAAAACUGACACUCCGAAAGGUUUUGUAACACGUUUAGCUUUCAUUGGAGAAGCUGGUGUAGGAAAAUCGACGCUGUUUGCUAAGAUCGCUCUUGAUUGGGCUGAGGGUAAAAUUCUUCAAGAAAUCAAUCUGCUUUUUCUUGAAUCAUUUCGAGAGAUUAAAGAGAGCGAAUUCUUUGGGGAUACUGUCAUGAGCCAUUUCCCAGAUGAUUUGGAAGUAAAGGGGGAAUGGGUUGAUGAAUAUAUCAGGAAAAAUCAGAGAAAAGUCCUUAUCCUAUUGGACGGACUGGACGAGGCACAAAUCGACAUCAAAAAGCCUCAUCGCAAUGACGCUAUCGUAUCGAUCGUGAGAGGUGAACGAUUCAUUGAUACCCCAGUCGUUAUUACAACCCGUCCUUUUGGAGCCGAUCAGAUCAAGAGCAUCAUGGCGAUUAAUGACCAUUACACGUUUGGUAAGGUUAAGGGCUUCGCAAAGGAAAACAUGACAGCAUAUAUCAAAAACUAUUUCAAAGAUGAUUCUGAUUCUGCUUCGACCCUCAUUAACUUCAUUGAUAAAAACCAAGUGGUUUCUGAGUACAUGGCACCCUUCCCGAUAUUCUGCAGUAUGCUAUGUAGCUUGUGGAAAACGCCAAGUGGACGGGAAAAUUUUCAGACGAUGGAAACAUUCUCGCAACUCUUGAAGCGUCUUGUCUUUUCACUUCAAGAGCAAUACUUUUCCAAACCAAAUGAUUUAGAAGAGGGCUAUGAAAGCCGCAUAGCGAAAGCUAGUGAAAGUAUGAAAGAUAUUAGUUGUAUCGCAUUUCAAGGUCUAUUGGUUAAACAGCUCAUCUUCGAUGAAAAGGCGCUCGACUCAUGCAAAGAGGCUGCAAUGACUGCAUGCGAGGUCGGGAUUCUUAGUAAGGAAAUAAGGCCAGCACCCUUGCAAAUCAGAGAAAGUCAGCGAAAGCAAUUCAUUCAAGAAUUUUCUUUCCCUCAUAAGUUAUUGCAGGAGUACAUAGCGAGUUUCUACCUUGCAUCGCUGUUCAACGAAGAUCGUCAAGAAUUCAACAGAAUCCUGGCGGACACUCUUUUAGAAGACUACAAGGAAUUCAGAUAUGUCCUGUACUUCACUGCAGCUCAUGGAGGUGAAGUAGGAAAGUCGAUCCUGGAAGUCCUAUGCAAGAAGGUUGAUGACACGGAGUUCAUCAUUCAGUGUGCAUUUGAAUGUCAUAAUUCAGAAGCCAUUGAUCCCGUCAGGAACCUGUUGAAGACGGAGGCAACUCUAAAGUUAACUUCUAGUCUUUCAAAUGCCGCAUUUCUCUUCACUCUGGAACCAAUAGGGAAGGAAGUAGUAAGACGAAGUUCCUCGAUUCGCGAAACAUUGGGUGUUAGCGAGUCCUUUGAAGCUACCGCAUCAUCGUCUGAUGUAGCAGCAGCAGUAGGUCUCUUCACAUUGCAGACCUUACGAGAGGUGACAAUUCGAACCGAACUGGAUAACAAAUUCUACACAGGAAUGUCUGCUGCUGCUCCACAGUCCAUGAUCGAGGAGCUAAGCCACUGGCACGCGGAUCUGGGUUCUGCUGCAUCCUCUCAUUACGCGAGAGGUCUCUGCUCCAUGCCAAAUCUUCGAUCACUGUAUAUGUACAGUGCUAUGAAGCUGAGUGAUGAGUUCUACUCAACGAUGGCCACUGAGGCAUCAAAAUCAAAUGUAUACCCAAACACGAUUUGUAUUAGAAACAAUUCCCCAAUAGUUUGCAUUCUUCAAACUGAAUAUUUGGAUGAAUUUUUUCACAUUAAAAAUAAAAUAGAAAUCCAUUUAUUUUCAUUAGUUACGAGUACUUUCAUUGAGAAGCUAAGCCACUGGCAUGCGGAUCUGGGUUCUGCUGCAUCCUCUCAUUACGCGAGAGGUCUCUGCUUCAUGCCAAAACUUCGAUCAUUGACGCUGGGCAGUUUGAAGCUGAGUGAUGAGUUCUACUCAACGAUGGUCACUGAGGCAUCAAACUCAAAGAUUGAGGAGCUAAACCACUGGUCCGCCACUCUGGGUUCUGCUGCAUCCUCUCAUUAUGUGAGAGGUCUCUGCUCCAUGCCAAAUCUUCGAUCACUGGGUCUGUACAUCAUGGAGCUGAGUGAUAACUUCUACUCGACGAUGGCCACUGAGGCAUCAAAAUCAAAUAUUGAGAAGGUAAACCACUGGCACGCAGACCUGGGUUCUCAUGCAUCCUUUCAUUACGCGAGAGGUCUCUUCUCUAUGCCAAAUCUUCGUUCACUGGAUCUGAGCACUGUGAAGCUGAAAGAUGAAUUCUACUCGACGAUGGCCACUGAGGCAUCAAAAUUAAAGAUUGAGGAGCUAGAGCACUCGAACGCGGAUCUCGGUCCUGCUGCAUCCUCUCAUUACGCGAGAGGUCUCUGCUUCAUGCCGAAUCUUCGUUCACUGAAACUGUUCGAUGUGAAGCUGAGUGAUAAGUUCUACUCGACCAUGGCCUCUGAGGCAUCAAUAUCACAGACUUCCGUCAUUUAA